AUGGGCCAGAAGCGCCAGUACUUCGUCUGCAAGUGCGGGGCGUGGACGUGGGCAGACAAGGUGCACAGCAACCCUUACUACUGCCAGUGCGGCAAGAAGUGGCCGGCGCCUGCUCUGAAGCAGAACGGCAGCCCGCGCCCACCGAAGUCCCUCACCUUCCCCUCCGCGCGCGAGGAAGAACGCCGCCUCAAACCUGCGGUCACGACCAUCUGGGAUCAAAUCCCGGAAGAGGCACGAUCGCGCCUCACACAAGCGGGAUGGAAAGGACCUCCCAAGCAGAAGGAUGCGGUCGAGUCCCAGACCGACCCUCUCCUGAGCCUGCUCGUGCAGCGCCAGGAUGAGUUGCCGGAGGAUAUCCGCACGGCGCUUGUGGAGGCGACCACGGUGCUGAUCCACAAGAAGAUCAAGCUGCUCGAGCUCCGCCUGCAGCUGCAGGAGCUCCAGGAGACGACCGAGAAGAUCCACGAGGCCGAGAACGCGGUGGAAAAGGCCAAGCUUGGCCUGACCCUUUCUGACGAGCAGCAGGAGAAGCUGGCCGAGUACCGCGCCAAAGCCAAGAAAAGGCAAAGGCCUCCCGGGGCUGCCGGCUUUCCACCUCGGCUUGCAAGGCACGCAAACACCGUACCCACCGGCCCAGCCGGUCAGCCCAAGGGGGCUGAGGGUGCACCCGGGCGUCAGCGAAGCCGCACUCCCCCGAAGAACAGCGAGAGCCAGGCCGGCGAGGAGGAGAAAAGCAACAAGCACGUUCUUUCUUUCACAAUCUCGCGUGGCUUCGCCACAGAAGUUUUUAACCGACUCAAAGGCGACCUUCCCCUCCCAUGUUUCGAGAAUGGGAAUGUGGAGGCCACUCCCAGGGUGGAGAUGCUCCACUUCCGGCGCACGCCGGAUCCGCAGAUCCAACGCCAUGUUUUGGGCAACAUGGCAGCCCCCUACGGGACUCCGAGCGGCCAUCGACCCAGCCGCACACGGGGCAGUGCUCCCCCGGUGGAACAGGCAAUGAGCCUCGAGGAUGCCGAGGAGGCUAUCGUGGCCUUCGGCGGCAGCCUCGCAUACCGCCUCGGUUGGGACCUCCUUGAUGGCCUCCAAGGAUCGGGGUGGUUGGAUCCCCCGCUAGCGGCCGCAUUUGCCAACGACAUCGCCGCUCAGGGAGCCAUUUCCCCUGCCAACCCCAUCCACAUCACAAGCGCCAACGUGAAUGACGCGGGCCUCACUCAGCUCCGCAUCGAGGCUGCAAAGUGUGGCAUUGGCCUCUUGGUCCCCGCCAACAUGCAGGGUCAAGCCUGUGGUGGCAUGAUCACGGAGGCGAUGGACCCUCAUGGUCGUCUGCGUGCCGCGCUCCGCGAAUUCCGCAACUGGAUUGUGGUUGGAGACUGGAACGCGGCUCCCUCCGAGUUUCAAGGCACCUCAUGGGCCGAGACUGUGGGAGGGGCCCUUCUUGCACCUGAGGGUCCGACCAUAAACACGGGCAACACCCUCGACUACGCCCUUUUAUCGAGGCCGCUGGUGUCUUUGACCAGCGUAAAGACGGUGUGGGAGGUUCCCUUCUCGCCCCACGCCGCGGUCUCCUUCACCCUCAACGUCCAACAUGGUCUUGUGUCGUUGCCUCAGCUAGCCGGCUACCAAGGGGCCCUGCGGGAUGAAGUGGCUCCUGCCGACCCGGCUUUUGUUGCCCCCGGUCUGGGGAAGAUCGGGGCCGAACCUAUCCGGUCGCGGGCAUCACCGCCGGGAUGGCGGCACGACAUUUCACCAACGAAGGAGGGCUCGAGAGGCACCAACAACCCCCUCCAGCACAAGCCCCUCAUGCAGCAAGACUGGUCCUACCCGUGGAGGGGCCACAUAGCGGUGGAAGCGACCACCCUCCACCUCACAAAGCAAGGGAUUGAGGCCUCCUCUCCCCAGGACUUCCUCUGUGCCCUCGGGGCGGCGGAGGAUGGCCGAUCGUCAACCCUUGCAGUGGUCCGACAGCUCCGCGACGAGGAGCAUCAACGGGCCCGGAAGGCUGAAGCCGACGCGGUGGCCGAAUGGCUCGUGCUGGGCACCCGGCGUGGCAUGCGACCGCUUUUUCGCUGCCUAUCCAAAGCUGAAACCAACGUGGGGAGGCCUUUCACUGAAGUGACAGCUGAGUCUCGACCAUAUGAGCGACUCAAGUACUGGGCCCCUGGGCUCGACGGAUGGGAUGUGCCUUUCCUGAAAUCCCUCUCCAUCGAGGAAGUGCACACCCUCGCAGACCUCUGGAGGGAGGUGGAGCUGGAGGGCACCCUGGCGGACUUCGUAGGAUGUUGGGUGGACGACGUCUCGGCCGAUGUCGUUCAUAUCACCCUCUUCCGCCGUCUCCACAACGCGUUGGAGGCUGAGGGCAAUGAGGAAAGGCGCGAGGAAGAACGCCGCCUCAAACGUGCGGUCACGACCAUCUGGGAUCAAAUCCCGGAAGAGGAUGAGUUGCCGGAGGAUAUCCGCACGGCGCUUGUGGAGGAGGCGAAGGAAUCCCUCCGCCUGCAGCUGCAGGAGCUCCAGGAGACGACCGAGAAGAUCCACGAGGUUGAGAACGCGGACGUGCCAGACACUCCUGAGCCAAUGGAUGUGGACGAACUGUUCACCAUCCUUGGCCUGACCCUCUCUGACGAGCAGCAGGAGAAGCUGGCCGAGUACCGCGCCAAAGCCAAGAAAAGGCAAAGGCCUCCCGAGGUUGGUGCACCGCCGGGGUUGCCGGCUUUCCACCUUGGCUUGCAAGGCACACAGCCAACAGCCCAGCAGGGAGCCAACCCCCUGCCAGCCCCGGCCCAGCCG